GGAGGAGCCUCCAGUGAAAGUGAAAGUGUUCAGACUCGUUCUCACUUCAAGGUACCUUGGAGCAGACGGAGGAGACGUGAAGUCUGAGGCUGUACCUGCAGAGAGGGGGAGGAGCCUCCAGUGAAAGUGUUCAGACUGGUUCUCACUUCAAGGAGCAGACGGAGGAGACGUGAAGUCUGAGGCUGGGAGGAGGAGCAUGAGAACAGGGAGCGGUCAGACUCCAUUUUCACCUGGACGAGCAGAAGGAAGGAAAGUGAGCAGACUGAAGAUGAGUGGUUAUGAGGAGGAAGAGGACAGAGCAGAGUCUCCAGGGUCCAGCUGUCUGUCUCUGAAGAGUGACCGGUCCAUGAGAACUCCUCCAGUCUUCAGUAAAGAACCUGGACCCUCACACACAGAAGGUCAGGACCACAGACUGAGAGCAGAGUCUCCAGGGUCCAGCUGUCUGUCUCUGAAGAGUGACUGGUCCAAAAAUGAGCCUCCAAACUUCAGUAAUGAACCUGGACCCUCACCCACAGAGGAGAGGAAGAGGAGUCAUGUUUCUGAGGAGGAGCAGUCGUCCUGCUGUGCUUCGUGUCAGGACGUCCUGAAGGAUCCAAUCUCCACCAGCUGUGGACACUGGUUCUGCAGACAGUGCAUCACCUCAUACUGGGACCAGUCUGGUUCUUCAGGAGACUCCUCCUGUCCCCAGUGUGGACAAAGAUCCAGAACAGGAGCUGGAGCAGAUCGUGGUCUGCAGGAGGUUUCAGAUGAACAUAAGCUCAGUGUGAGGAGGAGAUGUGAACAUGUGACUGAAGGAAGUGAUGAAACAGGAAGUAGAACCCUCCUCAACAGGAUCUACACUGAGCUCUACAUCACAGAGGGACAGAGUGAAGAGGUUAAUACUCAACAUGAGGUGAGGCAGCUUGAGACGGCUUCCAAGAAGAAGAUCCUCCAGGACACUCCCAUCAAGGUCCAGGACAUCUUUAAAGCCUCCACUGACCAGCAGAGCAGCAUCAGAGUCGUCCUGACCAACGGCGUCGCUGGCGUUGGAAAAACCUUCUUGGUGCAGAAGUUCACUCUGGACUGGGCAGAGGGUUUAGAGAACCAGGAUGUGGGUCUGCUGGCUGUGCUUUCGUUCAGGGAGCUGAACCUGGUGAAGGACCAGCAGCACAGUCUUCUCACGCUGCUCCAUGUUUUCCAUCCAGCGUUACAGAAGCUCACUGCAGAGACGCUCACUGUCUGUAAACCAUUGUUCAUCUUUGACGGCCUGGAUGAAAGCAGACCUUCUCUGGACUUCAACCACAGGGAGCUUGUGUCUGAGGUCACACAGAGGUCAUCAGUCAACGUGCUGCUGACAAACCUCAUCCGGGGGAAUCUGCUUCCCUCGGCUCUCGUCUGGAUAACCUCCAGACCUGCGGCGGCCAAUCAGAUCCCUCCUUCAUGUGUUGACAGGGUCACAGAAGUACGAGGCUUCACUGAGGCCCAGAAGGAGGAGUACUUCAGGAGGAGGUUCAGUGAUGAAGAGCUGUGCAGCAGAAUCAUCUCACACAUCAAGACGUCCAGGAGCCUCCACAUCAUGUGUCAAAUCCCAGUCUUCUGCUGGAUCAGUGCUACAGUUCUGGAGCACAUGUUGACCACAGACCAGAGAGGAGAGCUGCCCAAGACCCUGACUGACCUGUACUCACACUUCCUGCUGGUUCAGACAAAGAGGAAGAACAACAAGUACGCUGAGGGACAUGAGACGAGUCCACAGCAGCUGACGGAGGCUGACAGGGACGUUCUCCUGAAGCUGGGGAGGCUGGCGCUUAAACAUCUGGAGGAAGGAAACAUCAUGUUCUACCAAGAAGACCUGGAGCGGUGUGGUCUUAAUGUCACAGAGGCCUCGGUGUACUCAGGAGUUUGUACUGAGAUCUUCAGAAGAGAGUGUGUGAUCUUCCAGAAAUCAAUCUACUGCUUUGUUCAUCUGAGCGUUCAGGAGUUUCUGGCUGCAGUCUACAUGUUCCACUGUUACACCGAGAGGAACAUAGAAGAACUCAACAGCUUCUUAGGAGCAUAUGGGAACACAUGGGGUACCUUCUCCCUGGAUGACCUCCUGAAGAGAACCAUGAAGAAAUCCCUCACCAGUACAAAUGGUCAUCUGGACCUGUUUGUUCGCUUCCUUCACGGCCUCAGUCUGGAGUCCAACCAGAGAGUCUUAGGAGGCCUGCUGGGUCAGAGAGAGAACAAUCCAGAGAUCAUCCAGAGAGUCUCAGGAUGGCUGCUGGGUCGGAGAGAGAACAUUCCAGAUAUCAUCCAGAGAGACUUAAGAGACCUGCUGGGUCGGACAGGGAACAAUCCAGAGAUCAUCCAGAGAGUCUCAGGAUGGCUGCUGGGUCGGACAGGGAACAAUCCAGAGAUCAUCCAGAGAGUCAUCAACAACCUGAAGAAGAUGAAGAGUGAUAAGAUUUCUCCUGACAGAAGCAUCAACAUCUUCCACUGUCUGACUGAGAUGAACGACCACUCAGUUCAUCAGCAGAUGAAACAGUUCCUGACAUCAGAGAACAGAUCAAAGGAGAAACUCUCUGGGAUCCACUGCUCAGCUCUGGCCUACAUGCUGCAGAUGUCAGAGGAGGUUCUGGAUGAGUUGAACCUGGAGAAGUUCAACACAUCAGACCAGGGUCGACUGAGACUGAUCCCAGCUGUGAGGAACUGCAGGAAGGCUAAACUCAGUGGUUGUGGACUCUCAGAGAUUCACUGUGAAGUCGUGGCCUCAGCUCUGAAGUCAGACCCCUCACAUCUGAGAGAACUGGAUCUGAGUGACAACAAGCUGCAGGACUCAGGAGUGAAGCUGCUGUGUUCUGGACUGGAGAGUCCAAACUGUCGACUGGAGACUCUGAGGUUGUAUCACUGCAGUCUGUCAGAGAUCAGCUGUUCUUCUCUGGCUUCAGCUCUGAGGUCAAACCCCUCUCAUCUGAGAGAACUGGAUCUGAGAUACAACAGCCUGCAGGACUCAGGAGUGAAGGAGCUGUGUGGUUUUCUACAGAGUCCAACCUGUCGACUGGAGACUUUGAGACUUGGUCAUUGUGAACUCUCAGAGACUCACUGUGAAGUCGUGGCCUCAGCUCUGAAGUCAGACCCCUCACGUCUGAGAGAACUGGAUCUGAGUAUCAACUUCCUGCAGGACUCAGGAGUGAAGCUGCUGUGUUCUGGACUGGAGAGUCCAAACUGUCGACUGGAGACUCUGAGGUUGUUGAACUGCAGUCUGACAGAGAUCAGCUGUUGUUCUCUGGCUUCAGCUCUGAGGUCAAACCCCUCUCAUCUGAGAGAACUGGAUCUGAGCUACAACAACCUGCAGGACUCAGCAGUGAAGAAGCUUCUUGAUCUACAGCAGAGUCCAACCUGUCGACUGGAGACUCUGAGGUGGGAGGGGAGGUCUUACUGAAGGUGAGUGUGAAGAGGACAGUGUGUGUGGACGGAGGCUGAGCUGUGUCCUGAGGAUCCAGAGGCUGAAGCAGCAGCAGCUUGUGUGUAGUCUCCAAUCUACACAACCCCUAAUCUGCAUGUGUUUGUGAGAUGAAGCCUGAGCACCUGGAGAAAACACGGGGAGAACAUGCAGACUCCACACAGGAAGACCCCAUCUGAACCAGAUUCAAACCAGCAACCUUCCUGCCCCGAUUGUGUUUAUUCACAUGAAGAUUGUGUUUAUUGAAAUGACACAACACAAACAGAAUAUAUAAACCCUCUAUAAAGACUCACAUACAGUGUGUUUAAGUUUGUCUUUAUUAUUGUCCACCUUUGUCCCUCAGUGUGUCUCCAUGUGUGUAGAACCACAUUCUGUGUAUAUGUUUGUUUAUGAUCUUAAAGUUCCUGGAUUCACGUCACAAAUUGAUUUAGUUCAACACAAAGUUCAACACAUUGAAAUCACUUUGAGUUUAAAAUCAGAGUUUUGUCUUUGACACAAAAGAUCAAAACUCUGGACUUAAAAAUGGGACGUUUUCAUUUCUGCAUCAGGUGCAGAGCGGUGGUGGCUUUUCUACUUUUGACCCACAGGUGGCGCUGCAGUAUAACAGCAGCACAUCCCAGUCAAAGCCUUUAUAUUCAGUCUAUGAGUCAAACACAUGGAUCAUUUCCUCUGUGACAAACCAGAUGUAACAAGAAGAAAAACAUCUCAGAGAGAAAAGUUCUGUUUCUACUUGUCUCUGCUUUAAUGCUCAAUAAACAUCCUUCCACCGA